AUGCACUUGCAAUCGACCCGAUGCACCGCGUUUCCCAAGUGGCACUUGGCAACAACGAGCUGGGUCCUCAUCCUCUCCCUCCCCCCUCCCUCUGCUGUGGAAUGGUGCCCAUCUGUUUGCCUGAGUUGCUCCUCCUACAACCUUCCCUUCUCUCAUCUCUCCCACCAACGCCCUGUACCGCCGCUCAUCAUCCCCCUUACACCAGGACUCGGUAGUGGAGUGGCACUGGUAUACAGCAGUGCCGCCAGCUCCUACACUGCACCCCGGCUUCUCUCCUGCUCCUCCGCUACCCCUCCAUUUUCCACAACGGCCUUCCAGCAGGCCAUGCCUCUCGGUGUCUUGGUGGGCAUGUGGCAUGACCUGCCAGAGACGCCGAGGCAGGAAGAGCAGCUGAGGCGAGCCAAGGUGGCAGCAGAGGCGGCAAGCGACGCCAAGAGCAUCGUUUUGAGGAAUAUGAGGCACGAGAUUUGCACCCCGAUGCAUGCCAAUAACCCCGUUCUCCUCGUUCCCCUGACCCGUUCCCUCCCCUUCCCCUCUCCUUUCCAUCUACUUCCUGUCUGUCGCUUUGGCCUCCCCUUCACCUCCCCUUCCUCUCCCCUUACCCUCCCAUUUCUCUGUCUGUUACUCCCCAUUUCCCCUCCCCUUUCCCUCCCCUUCUCCUCCCUCUCUCCUCCCAUUUCUCUCCGCUUCCCCUCCUCUUCGGUUCUCCUUGCUUCCCCUUCUCCCCCAUUUUCCAUCCCCUUCCCCUCCCUUUCCCCUCCCGAUCCCCUUCCCAUACCUUCCCGUUUCCCUCCUAUUCCCAUCCCCGUACCCUCCCCCUCCCCUCCUCGUUCCCUCCCCUUUCCCUCCCCAUCCUCUCUCAUCACAUGCACCUGUAUUUUCUCAGAACAGUCCAAGAUCGACAGCCAGCGCCCUUCUGCCCUGCCACGCGCAUCAAGGACGUUUGGCUCUGCUCUCUCUCUCAAGCGGUCCAUGUAUUACCAACCAGAAACGUACAGACAUGCACAGGAGGAUAAGGCACCUGGAACAUGCAUCAAAGAAGGACCUUCGGGCCGAGCCAUCCGGGGCUGCUGGGGCUUUCAGCUAGUGUGUGUUGACUCUGACUGUGGGGCUGUGGGCACGACAGACCUUGCCAUCAUCGACAGCCAGUCGCUGCCUCUGGAGGGCGUGAAUACUCUCUUCCCCCUUCCCUCUGGAGGGCGUGAAUACUCUCUUCCCCCUUCCCUCUGGAGGGCGUGA